AUGGCGUGUGGCCUCCGACCAGCUUACGAGUCCAUUCUGGGUAUUGACAAGAGCAUCACAGAGGGGAGGUAUGCCAAGGAUGGAGAGUUCCCGUGGCACGUGAGCAUCCAGAGCAAUGGGAAGCACAUCUGUGGAGGCACCGUGAUCAGCGCGCUGUGGGUUUUAACUGCGGCCCGUUGCUUUGCAGAAGAAGUCGGAAUCAUUGCAAGUUCUUCUUCUCAACAUUUUGUGUUCAAAAAUGACCAGCAGAGCAGAACAACUGGUAGCCCUAUAGAAUAUACACAUACUGCGUGUGGCCUCCGACCAGCUUACGAGUCCAUUCUGGGUAUUGACAAGAGCAUCACAGAGGGGAGGUAUGCCAAGGAUGGAGAGUUCCCGUGGCACGUGAGCAUCCAGAGCAAUGGGAAGCACAUCUGUGGAGGCACCGUGAUCAGCGCGCUGUGGGUUUUAACUGCGGCCCGUUGCUUUGCAGAAGAAGUACCACCAGAUCUCAUUGUUGUAAUGGGGGGAAUUGACCUCGAGUUGCCUCUGGAAGAAUAUCAUCUGGACAGAUUGAUCCUCCAUGAAAAAUUCAACAGAACGAGCUUGCAAAACGAUAUUGCACUGAUCCUGCUCAGGUCUCCCAUCGAGUUCAGCAAUAAGAAAAUCCCCAUCUGCUUGCCCUUCAUGUAUGACACCGACAUGUGGCAACACUGCUGGGUUACUGGGUGGGGAACCACAAGUGAAGGGUCCCUCGUGCUGCAGAAGACACAGAUGAAGGUCAUCAGCAGGGAGCACUGCUCGGACCGGAUCCUGCUGCUGGGGGACAACAUGCUGUGUGCUGAGGUGCAGAGAGCAGAAGAACGUACCUGCAAGGUGGACAAUGGGGGACCCCUGGUUUGCAGCUACUGGAACACCAUGAAGUGGUUUCAGGUCGGCAUUGUCAGCUGGGCAGAAGAUUGUGCAGAAAAGCCAAACCUUGAUAUCUUAAUGUCUGUUUACCACUAUGUGGGCUGGAUUGAGAAUCAGACAGCCACAACAGGGAAACCUUUCUUCGUUGAAGGUGUGGAUAAACGUUCAGAAGUCACAGUGAGAGUGACAGUGAAAGUGAAAGUGGUUUCCAGGGCUGAGACACAGCUGGUGUUUCUUGAGUAUCCUCUCCUUUUAUUUAUCUCUUUAAUAGCACUGAGAUUACUCUAG